ACCCCACCCGCCCAACCACCACCGGAGACCACUCAUCUCUCCCUCUCUCCACGUCUCUUGGUCGCACCACGCCAAUCUCCUUCUAAACAUCUAGGGUUUUGACCCGCUUAAUGGAAUCGCCUCUUCCACCUUCACCUGACGCUCAACAGUCUAAUCUCGACGAAAUGGAAAUUCACUCGCCGGUGGUCGAUGACCCGUCUUCCUCAACUCUUUGGGACUGGGGCGAUCUGCUGGACUUCACAGUAGACGAUCAGUUCCCAAUUUCUUUCGAUUCCAUCGACAUUCCAACAACUGUCCCCACACAAGUCAAUGAUAUCGAAACAACUCAAGUUCCGGAUCGGGUCAGGAAGCGUGACCCGAGGUUGACAUGCUCCAAUUUUCUCGCAGGUCGGAUCCCCUGCGCGUGCCCCGAGAUGGAUGAGAAGUUGGAGGAAGAAGAAGGUAUUCCUGGGAAGAAGCGUGUCCGUACGACUCGUUCCAACUCGGGUAUUGCUCGGUGUCAAGUACCUGGCUGCGAGGCUGAUAUUAGCGAGCUUAAAGGUUAUCAUAAGAGGCAUAGGGUUUGCUUACGUUGCGCAAAUGCAAGUGCUGUUAUACUCGACGGAGAGAACAAGAGAUACUGUCAACAGUGUGGCAAGUUUCAUUUGUUGUCGGAUUUUGAUGAAGGUAAAAGGAGUUGUAGAAGAAAAUUAGAGCGCCACAACACUAGACGAAGAAGGAAAUCUCAAGAUCCCAAGGGGGCAGUUUAUGGGGAACCCCAAGGGGAGUUGCACAAUGAAGACAUUGCUUGUGAUGACGAAGAAGCUGGAAAAGACUGUCAGGUAGUUGAGAAAGAAGCAUUGGUUGAAUCAGUAGAUGGAAAUAUUUCUACCCUUCGUUCAGCUCCUAAUUCACAGAAUCUCAAUAGUGAUAGUGGUGUAUCUGUUGGAACUCCAAAGGAUGGUGGAAAAGAUGAUGAUUCCAAAAUUUCGCUUUCCCCUUCCAAUUGUGACAACAAGAGUUUUUACUCAUCUGUGUGCCCAACAGGUAGAAUAUCAUUCAAGCUUUAUGAUUGGAAUCCGGCAGAAUUUCCUAGAAGGCUUCGACUCCAAAUAUUUGAAUGGUUGGCCAACAUGCCAGUUGAGUUGGAGGGAUAUAUUCGCCCUGGUUGUACAAUAUUAACUGCAUUUCUUGCGAUGCCAACAUUUAUGUGGGCAAAGUUGUUUGAAGAUCCCUUGUCAUAUUUGCAUGAUUUUGUUAUUAUGCCUGGAAAAAUGCUGUCCAAGAGAAGCCCUAUGCUAAUUUAUAUGAACAACAUGAUCUUCCAUGUCAUGAAAGAUGAAAAUUCAGUGAUGAAAGUAAACAUGGAAGGACAGGCCCCGAGACUUCACUAUGUUCAUCCAAUAUGCUUUGAGGCUGGGAAGCCCAUAGAGUUUGUUGCAUGUGGAAGUAAUAUGUUGCAGCCUAAAUUUAGGCUUCUGGUAUCAUUUGCUGGGAAAUAUCUUGCUUAUGAUUACUGUGUAGCAUUACCACAUUGUCAUACUGAAGGGUGUUCCAGUAGUGACCAUCAAUUGUGCAAAAUAUGUAUCUCUCAUAUCGAACCUAAUGUCUUUGGUCCAGCAUUUAUUGAGGUUGAAAAUCAGAGUGGCUUAUCGAACUUUAUUCCUGUAAUUAUUGGGGAUGAAAAAAUUUGUUCUGAAAUAAAAGUGAUGCAGCAGAGAUUUGAUGCAUCUCAUCCGUCCAAUGGUUCACAGUGCGUAGUUUCUGAACAAAGACAGAUGGUUUUUUCAGAGUUUAUUUUGGAUAUAGCCUGGCUACUAAAGAAACCUUCAGCAGAAAGUUUUCUACAAUUUAGGAGCUCUUCACAGAUUCAAAGACUACACUCUUUAUUGAAUUUUUUGCUACACCAUGAGCUAACUGCCAUUUUGGAUAAAGUUUCACAAAAUUUGAAAAUCAUAUUGGAUAAAAUUGAGAUAAGCAGAGUUGUUUAUGGCAUUAGUGAUUCUGAUAUGGAGCUAUUACAGAAAUAUAUGGAUUGGGCCAAUAAUAUGCUUCUUAAAAAAGCUAAGAAAAGCGAUGGUUUAGCCUUCCAGUGGGCAUGCACUGUAGAGGAAGGAGGUUCUCAAAGAUUCUCUCGAAGUGACGUGCAUUCUGCUGCUCCGUUCAACAGUGAGGAUUUAGAGAGCAGUUCAGAUGGGAAGUCAGGUGUGAUGGAAAACUCAUCUGCUGUUGUUAGAAGUGAAAAGGUUCCACUUUUAAGUAAAGAGGUGGUUAUGGAUGUGAACGUCAUCAGAGGAAGGCCAAACAAGUCAUGUAGUCUCACUCUUUCCAACAGAAUCAUCAAGCCUCGACUCACUGUAUUUUUGAUUGCAACUGUUGCUGUUUGUCUUGGAGUAUGUGCCAUCCUCCUCCAUCCUAAACAGGUUAGCAAGUUAGCAGUAUCUAUACGCAGAUGUUUGACAGAGAAACUUUAGAUGCUAAAACCAAACUCCAUCCACAUGAAAAUGUGUCUUUUGGAUUGCUGGCUCUGUAAAUUCCAUUUUAAGUUGAUAGUAGAUCAAAUUGAGCUGCCUCAAGCAAAUAGUAUGGGGCUUAAUUUCUGACUCGUCAUUGUUUAUAGACUGGCGGUUCUACUUAUUACCGUGAUAAUAGUGUCUUUGAUGGCCGUUUUUGCGGAUGAUGCAUCAAGACAACUGAUUGGUUUUUUUUUUCGGUUGAGAUAAGAAUUCUUCGUUAGGCAUGUGUAUACCUUCUUCCAAUCUCUGACCUCAAGGCUGAAGCUCUUGUAUCUUUCAUUUUGUUGUGUAUUGAGCAAAUAAUUAUGCUGAACUCUUUGCUUUGAUAGUGUCAACAAAGGUCUAAUCACGAUGGAAUAAAUACUGCAUACCAUAUGACUGCUACCAAA